GUCUCUGUUUCGCUAGACACUUGUCACUUUGCAUGUCAAAGACUUCCAAUCCACAAAAUGCCUAAUGUAACAUAACAUGCUUAUCCUUCAAUGUGUGCAUGUAUAUAUAAUUGGAACUCUCUCCCUUAAUCCAUCCAUCAAGAAGCCACGCAAAUGAUGAUCAAAACAGAGCAUGCUCUGCUACUCCUCAUCUUCUCUGUUUUACUUUCUCCUCUGUUACUACUCUCUCUUGCUUAUGAAGUCCCCUACCCAAAAACAGAAGCGGAGAGAUGUUUAGAACGUUGCUAUAAAGCUGAAACUGAAUUCUCUGGAUUACUAGAAUAUGCAGACAAAUGUCAAAGAAAAUAUGAAGGGGGAAUCAAAGAAGGCAGAGGGGGAGAGGAGAAACAGAGGGGUAAUCCUUAUUACUUCCAUGCUGAGAGUCUCCAAUCAAGAUUCAGGACUCAAGAGGGUCAUGUCAGGGUUUUGGAGAGGUUCUCUGAGAAGUCUGAACUUCUUGCUGGCAUUGACAACUUCAGGUUGGCCAUGUUAGAGGCAAAUCCAAACACCUUUGUCGUCCCGCACCAUUGUGAUGCCAAUUCUGUCUUGUUUGUCACAAGAGGUAAAGGAACCAUUAGCCUUGUGCGGCAAAAGAAAGAGUCGUACAACUUAGUAAGAGGAAGCGUGGUUUGCGUUCCAGCGGGAACUACUGUCUACUUGGUUAACCAGGACAACAAUGAAAAGCUCAACAUUGUUAAGCUCAUGCAGUCUGUUAACGCUCCUGGCCAAUUCAAGGAAUACUUUGCUGGUGGAGGUACCAAUCCGGAGCCAUACUACACUGUUUUCAGUGAUGACAUUCUUGAGAGAGUACUAAAUACUCCAAGAGAUGAGCUACCAAGGCUCUUUGGACAACAAAAGAAGGGCAUGAUCAUGAAAGCUACAAAGGAGCAACUUAGGGGAUUAAGCAGACAUGUUUCUUCCCCGGGAGCGACAAGCCAUGACUCUAAUGCUCCAUUCAAUCUUCUAAAUCAACGUCCUCGAUACUCCAACGAGCACGGCCAAUUUUUCGAGGCAUCACCGGAAGAAUUCAAGCAACUGCAGACCAUGGAUUUAUAUGUUGCAUUUUCAGACAUGGACAAAGGAUCAAUAAUGGCGCCGCACUACAAUUCCCGAGCGACAACAGUUGUAGUGGUUGUGGAAGGACAUGCGCGGAUUGAAAUGGGUUGUCCACAUCUUUCUCAGGAAUCACAAGGACAAAGAAGAGAACAGAGAACUGAACAAGAGGGAUAUUACCAGAAAAUAAGUUCCCACUUGUCACCAGGUGAUGUGUUUAUCAUUCCGGCAGGUCAUCCAUUCACAAUUGUUGCAUCCGAAAACGAGAAGUUGAGAACUGUCGGGUUUGGAAUCCAUGCCUGGAACAACCAAAGAAGCUUCCUUGCAGGAAGAGACAACAUAGUUCAGCAACUGGAGAAGGAGGCAAAGGAGAUGUCCUUCAAUGUACCAGCAGAGCAAGUGGAGAAGGUAUUUAGCAGGCAGAGAGAGAGCUUUUAUUUGGGUGGGACUCAACAGUGGCAGAGGAGGGAGGAAGGAAGAGGCCAUCCCUUGACUUCCAUUUUUGACUUCCCUGGUUUCUUCUGAUAGAGGGGCAUGGUGUCUGUCAUGUAAUAUACAGCGGUGUAAAGAAACUAUGGAGAGAGCUCUGUCUCUAACUUUCCACUGUCAAUAAAUAAGCAAAAAGUUGCAUGAAGGAGAAA